GUUAUUUAUGUGAACAUCUCAUCAACUAGGGUUUUGUUUUGUUUACUCUUUCUUAUUUGAUUCUCUUGCAGCCUCGCUUUCCCCUAAAACACUUCUUAUCAAUGGCGCUGCUUCUCAACCAACCCUUGAAGCUACUAUGCUUUCGGAGGAAACCUGUGUUGGUGAGAUCAUCUCCUCUUCUCUCUAAUGAUGGCUUAUCAUCUUCUUUGCUGCAAACUCCUCCUUGUUUCAUCGUCAGCGCUAAACGUUGUGGAAGACUUGCGAAAGAGGGAAAACUCGUGAUUUUGAAUCCUUAUGAAGAUGACUGCACUUCUUUGGAUAAGAAGGUGCCUAUGGCGUUGUUGUAUGAUAAUGAACUUGUAACCAUCGGUUCAUCCCAUGGCUGGAUAGCUACUUUGAGUCAGGACGACGGACUACUGCGUCUCCAAGACGAUCUAAACCCGGUUGCAUCGGAUACAAACCCGAAACGCAUUCCCCUGCCUCCUCUUGUAACUCUCCCUCAUUGCCAAACUCAAAUCGUUACCAAUGUGUCAUUGUCCGCAUCUUCUCCUGAGGAUGAAGACUGUGUUGUGGCUGUCAAGUUUUUGGGACCUCAGCUCAGCUUUUGCAGACCGGCUCAAAGUAACUCCGAGUGGAUCAACAUCAGAAUCGAAAACCCUUGUUUCUACUCAUCUCGUGUCAUGUACUCCAAGAAAGAUAACAUGUUUUGCAUUCCCGGAUCUGGAGGACACCUCAUUGGAACAUGGGAUCUCCGCACACACAAGCAUAAUUUGCAGAGUUUGCAGUUUCAAAACCUUCCCAAGCUGACAAAGACCAAACAGAAGCUACUGGAUUCAUGCUGCAAGAGCGAGCACUUGGUUGAGUCACCAGCUGGUGAAACUUUCUUGGUUAAGUGGUACAAGAAGUCUUCUGGCAAGAUCAUCAAGGGUAUUGCGCAAAUGAAAACACAAGCUUUAAUGGUGUUCAAGCUUGACGAACAAGGAAACGCGGUUUACACUCAAGAUAUUGGAGAUCUCUGCAUUUUCCUUUCAAAGUCUGAACCUUUUUGUGUCCCUGCUAGCUCUUUUCCCGGACUGUGCCCUAACACUGUCACACUCUUUGACUGUGACGAAGGCGGCUUUGUCCAUCUGGAUGAUUCCACCAUCAUUACUGAUGUGAUGCCUACAUCAUUCAAAAGCAAUUACCUUAUGCCACCCCAAAAACUAGAUUAGUACCGUAGUUUGGAACUGAGUCUUUUCUUUUCUUCUCCUAUAUUAUUACCAUGGUCAUCAUUGGUAAUGGUCACUAGUUUUAUCUUGGAACGGAACCCUUUGCUUAGUUCCAUCCUAAAUCUCUAUUUGCUUAGUUACAUCAUGAGUCUGCUUUUGGGUUUCAACAGGUUCUUUUCUACUACCUUUGUGUGUCUCUCUCUAUAGCAUAUCUAGUAACCACUCAACAUCCUUCACAAGCAUCAUUCUUUCAAGAAAUAUCAGAAAAUCCCCAUUAUUUUGAUGUCUCUGUUUCAUCAUGUCCCUCACAUAACAAUGGCACAUGCAUUGUAAAAAAUAAUCCAGAGCAUAACUAAAAAGGAAAAACUGAUGCAAGAUCAUAAAGAAGCCACAUUGAGUAUUCUGGCACCUUACCUUCAAACAAAUCAACACGUUUCUAACUAACACAAAUCUGAUUCAACAAAAAUAAUCCGGAGGAACGACUUCACAACGCAUUGAGAUCUAAGAGCAUCUCCAAUGGAUCCAAUGGACUCUCUCCAUUUUUUUUAUGAUUAAUUCUUAAAAAUAGUUACAAGAGAACUUUUAAUUUUGUUUUUUUUUAGUUUUUA